GCGCGUAGACUGCAUAGAAAGUCGUUCCGAUUUAACCAAUGCGCGCAAUGGAAGCGCUUUGGUAGCGCUGAGAAUUCCCUAGAUUGUACUAAAGGUACAGGGCACAGGGUAUCGACUGACCGUACGGCACGACUCGCCACGUUGGAAGGCUUUUGACACGGAAUACAGAUCGUUACCAGAGAAUUGCAAAUCCGAGAGAGGGACGUACGUUUCAUAUAAAAUCUCUGUUUACAAUUGCCCGAAAAUACCGUCAAGAUGAAAGUCAAGGAACUGCUGAAGACUGUGAAUGUAGCAUGGUCUCCACCAGCUCAACAUCCCAUUAUGUUGGCUGCUGGAACGGCAGCGCAGCAACUGGAUGCGAGCUUCAGUACAUCUGCUAGUUUAGAUUUGUACUCACUGAAUUUACAACAACCAGGAUAUGAAAUGGAACUCCGAGCCAGUGUCCCUAGUGAUCACAGGUUUCACAAAAUUAUUUGGGGAUCUUAUGGUAAUAACCCAGCAGGCAUAAUUGUUGGAGGUUGUGAGGAUGGCACUAUAAAAAUCUAUUCUGCCGCUAAGUUAUUAGCCAGAGAAAGUAAUUGUUUGAUAAGUAGCCCUCAUCGACAUGUUGGUCCUGUUAGAGCAAUGGAUUUUAAUCCUUUUCGAGAAGAAAACCAUUUGGCUACAGGUGCAACGGAGAGCGAGAUCUAUAUUUGGGAUAUUAACACAAACACACCGACAACUCUCUCCAGAAGUCAGCAAUCAGAAGAUGUCCAACACAUUGCUUGGAACAAGCAAGUACAUUUAAAACACAUUCUUGCUUCCACAUUUUCACAAUGUUGCAUUAUAUGGAAUGUGAAAGACAAGAAACCGAUAUUUAAACUGUCAGACACAAACUCGAGGGUACGUUGGAAAGUUGCCCAGUGGCAUCCAGACAUUGGAACACAAUUGUGCUUAGCAUCCGAGGACGAUCAAACACCUAUUAUUGAAUUAUGGGAUGUAAGGGUUCCAACAUCGCCUUUAAAAACGUUGCAAGGUCAUCAGCGUGGUGUCCUUUCAAUUGCAUGGAAUCCGCAUGAUUCGGACCUACUUUUGAGCUGUGCCAAGGAUAACAGAAUUCUCUGCUGGAAUCCCAACUCAAAUGCACCGAAUGGUGAGGUGAUAUGUGAGUUAGCCCAAACAGCUCAAUGGAACUUUGAUGUAUCUUGGUGUCCAAGAUAUCCAGGAUUAAUUGUUGGCAGCAGCUUUGAUGGUCAUGCUGUUGUGUAUUCUUUACUAGGUGGACAACAGCAAGAAACAUCCAAUAAGAUAAUGGAUUCAUUCCCAGGAAUGGAUCUCUUUACCCAAUCUACAGUACAAAUAGGAACAACAGCAGUAUUAACAAAAGCUCCCAAAUGGUUAAAGAGGCCAUUUGGAGCAUCGUUUGGAUUUGGUGGUAAAUUGGUAAUUUUUGAAAAUCAACCUGUCGAUUUAGCAAGCAGAAAGGGUGAUUCAAACAGGAAAGUUAUUAUAGCACAAAUAAUCACACAGCCAAAUCUUAUUCAACGUUCCAACAAAUUAAAAGCAACAUUGGAGACUGAGCAAUACAGUGAUUUCUGUAAAGAAAAGAUGGAGAAGUCUCCAGAUGAGCACACCAAGAAAAUCUGGUGCUGCGUGCGUGCUUACUUUGAUGACAAUGUGACAAAGAGUAUAUUAGAAUUAUUGGGUUACAAUAUUGAUAUAAUGAAUAACAAACUGAAUCAGUUUGUACCUCAGGACGACAUGACGAAUAUCAUAGAAGGUGUCUCUAAUCUUAACAAUGUACUAAAUGGAAAUGCUAUAGUCGGCAGUACUGCAUUUGAUACCAUUGCACAAGAACAAGGCAAGAAAUUAGUACCAUCAAACAAAUCUGCAGAUAAUACUUACACUAUAAAUACUUCUGAUGAUGAGGAUGGUCUUAUCACUCAAGCUAUCCUCUUAGGAAACAUUGAGGCCGCGGUAUCUUUGUGCUUUACUAGUAAAAGAUACGCCGAUGCUAUAAUUCUUUCAAUGGCCGCUGGUCCUGAGCUACUAGCGCGUACCCAGUACAGGUACUUUUCAGAGCAUUCCAGUGCAUUAAAUUCUCUUAUCAAUUCACUACUUAGCGAGAAUUGGACAGAAGUUGUUAAGAAUAGUGACAUAAAGUGCUGGAAGGAGGCGUUAGUCGGUAUAUUUACAAAUUCCAAUACGCAGGAACGAUCUGCUCUGUGUGAUAUGCUCGGCGAUCGUUUGGCAACAUGCGAAAACCCCGCUCUCAAAAAGCAAGCGCAAAUCUGUUACAUUUGCUCUGGCAACUUGAAUAAGUUGGUUGAAGUGUCCAACGCCGACAUCCAAGAAGUGGUGGAAUUAGUUGUAAUAAUGCAGAAAGCCUUGGAGCUCCAGGGUAUCAGGGAAAUUCAUAUACAAGACAGAAUCGCCUCUGUACUAUCUCAGUAUGCCGAGAUGCUGGCGGCGGAGGGCGAUUUAGAGGCUGCUCUGAAUUAUCUCGGAAACAGUCAAGAGCAGAGAGUUUCAAUGUUGAGGGAUCGUUUGUGUAAAGCUCUGAGUUACGUACAGGAGCAGAGGAGCGUCGCGAAACCUGCAGGUCAAAACUAUCAUCAUUAUGAACAGACUAUACCGGAAAGACCGUCGCAGAACUUGCAAAACGCGUACAAUCCGCUGCAACAGCCGUUACAGCAGGCAAUACCUACGCAAAACUUGCAAAACACGUACAAUCCGCUGCAACAGCCGAUACAGCAGAUGACACCUGUGCAGAGCUGGAACACGACUCCACUGAAACAGGCUUAUGGUGCUUCUACAAAUCAGACACUCAAUCCUCAGUUUUACGGAAUGCCAACACCUCAACCUCAAACGCAGUCUACAAUCUACGAUCAAUAUUCCGCACCGCACUCGUAUAAUCAAAUUCCAGCGGCCCAGCCUCCUCCUCCGCCACCUCCGUCGGGUUCCAGUUUGAAUAGUGGCUCAAGACCGUCCAGUGUCGGACCGCAGUUGAGAUCAAAAUAUCUGAUUGAUCCGUCUGUAAAAUCCACUCCCACAUACAGUCAGAGCAGUUUUCCGUCGUCGAAUCAGUUGUAUAAUUCUCAACAAAUCGCCCCGAUUCCCGGGUAUCCUCUACAAAACGCUUAUCAACCUCAAGUUUCUAUGUCGAAUACCUAUGCCAGUCAACCGCCAAGUUACGUGAAUAAUCCUAAAGAACCCGAGUCAUACAAGCCGCUUCAGCCGAACGUAAUGCAGCCUCCAUUGCAGCAAAACACGCCUCAGACUCAAAUGUAUGACCCUAUCAGAGCUCAGCCUCCUCCACAAAUGCAGACCCACGGGAACGGAAACGUGUAUCAAUUGCCACCACAAGCAUCUGGAUGGAAUGACCCGCCGAAUGUGAAAAGUUCUAAAGCACAGCCAAAAACCGAAUAUCAACCGCAAAAUCCAAUUUUGCAUCCAUUGCGAAGUAGUCAACCAGAACCGAGUCCAAUACCACAAGAUAAUUUUUAUCAAGAACAUCACUCACCUUAUAAUGUGCAAUAUGGUCAAAGCAUGUCGAAUACUGCGCCAGUUAACAAACCAGUUGAACCAUUAUUACCUGCGAUGCCUGCUGUUCCUGCAAAAUUGGUUGAACCAGAAAAAUCUAAAGCACCUAUUCCUGAGCAACAUAUACAUCUGAAAACAAUACUAGAUGAAUUAAAAAAUCAGUGUUACGAAAAUGCAAAGAAUCCGCAAAUCAAAAAGAAGAUAGAAGAUGUAUCUAAAAAACUAGAAGUGCUGUACGAUUGCCUUAGAGAGAAUAAGUUAUCUCAGAAUACUUUACAAGGAUUACAUCAGAUAUCACAGAUGAUACAAAAUGGCAAUUAUACAGGAGGAUUAGAUUUACAUACGCAAUUAGUAUCAGGACCAGAUUUUAGUCAAAUAGCUUCCUUUAUGCCUGGGAUUAAAGUAUUACUUCUAAGUGCCCUUCAACUAAGCGUUUACAUUAGAUAGAAUCGUACAUUUAAUUGCCCACAUUAUACAUUAUACUCGUGAAUUUUUAUAAUUCUAAAUAUUCAUUUGUGCAUAUUUAUUUGUGCAUUAACUUUAUAUAACAAUCAGUAUACAUCAUUAAUAUAGCUAUAGCAUAACGAUAUUCAGACGUGAAUCACGCAUGUCGUUUAUUCACAUUUUAUAUACUCUGCUUUGAAAAUUGUAUAUUUUAUUAGAGUUCAGAGUACUUUAUAAUUAACUUUAUAAUUUUGUUAAUUAUCAAUGAUCAUUUAUUGUUAUUUACAUAUAUGCGUAUAAGGAGAUAACGAGAUAUAUUUACAGACGAUAUCUAUAUAAAAGAUUUCAAGGCAAAAUGUGAAGAAAAGCUGAUUUUAAUAAUAAUAUAUGUAUAUAAUUAUAAUAUUAAAAUCUGUUACGAGAAAUAAAAAUUAAGAACUUGUUUUUUAUAAAUCUCAAAAUUUUAAUUUCCACUUUGUGGUCAAUAUAUAUUUAAUAUGUAAAUUGGGAUUUUGUGCGAUAAAUAAUAGCAACGUUUUUUUAAUUGUAUAAAUCUCUGUACAUCAAUCUAUAAAAUCUUCACAAAGUA